ACGUCAUUAGUCACUGCUACAUGUGUGUGGUCAUGUGACUAACUGACUUGAGUUUUUGACGUUAAAAAUAUGUUGAUUAUAAUUUAUAGCAUCUUAGCAGUUAGCUAUUAGCACUCAUAUCUGACACAGGUUGUCUAGAUGUAUUUCAUAGCGCCUAGCGGUCAGCUCGUUAUUUCCUCUAUUUAAGUUAAGUUUAGUGAUUUUAUUUUUGCUUACAGUCAAAUACAGAGGUUUUCAUCAAAAAAUACAUAUUAUAAUUAAGUUCCUUUUACAAAUUACGUAAUUAUGCACUCCACUAUUAAUAAAUAUUCUUUAAUCUGUCAUGCUACCAAAAAUAUAUUGUGUGGCUGUCUCAAACGGUAUUCGUCUCAUUUUGUAUAUCACCCUGAACCCAUCUCCAAUGAACUCGGUAAAACUAGUAAAAAGAAUAUGUAUCAGGCAAUCAACAGCGCUAUGGAUUUGGUACUCAGUAAAGAUUCCAAUAGCGUUGUAUUUGGUGAAGACGUAGGAUUUGGUGGUGUAUUUAGAUGUACUAGUGGCCUGCGUGAACGAUAUGGUAAAGACCGCGUUUUUAAUACACCACUUUGUGAACAAGGUAUUGUUGGUUUUGGAAUUGGUCUCGCUGUAGCUGGUACCACAGCAAUUGCAGAAAUUCAAUUUGCAGAUUACAUGUUUCCUGCAUUAGACCAAUUAGUGAACGAAGCAGCAAAAUAUCGAUAUCGUUCUGGUAAUUUAUUCGACUGUGGUAAAUUAACUGUACGUACUCCUUGUUCUGCUGUUGGUCAUGGAGCACUUUAUCAUUCACAAAGCCCUGAAAGUUUUUAUGCUCAUGCACCUGGACUUAAAAUUGUUAUGCCUCGCAGUGCACUAACAGCAAAAGGAUUACUUCUAUCUUGUAUACGAGAUCCGAAUCCUUGUAUAUUUUUUGAGCCAAAGAUUAUGUAUAGAUUAGCAGUUGAUGAUGUGCCUGAUGAUGAUUAUGAACUUCCAUUAGAAAAAGCUGAAGUGCUGGUUGAAGGUAGAGACAUUACAUUAAUUGGUUGGGGUACUCAAGUUCAUGUGCUGCUUGAAGUCGCAGAGAUAGCUAAUAAGGAUUUUGGAAUUUCUUGUGAAGUAAUUGAUCUGGUGACUAUUCUACCUUGGGAUAAACAAACAGUAGCAAAUUCUGUGAAAAAAACUGGCCGUGCUAUAGUGUCCCAUGAAGCUCCCUUAACUGGUGGUUUUGGUGCUGAAAUAUCUGCUUCAAUACAAGAAGACUGUUUUCUCCAUUUAGAGUCUCCAAUACGGCGUGUAACAGGUUAUGAUACUCCAUUUCCUCAUGUUUUUGAACAGUUUUACUUGCCAAAUAAAUGGAAAUGCUUACAAGCCAUCAAAGAAUUAGUUAAUUAUUGAUAUAUGAAUGACAAGAUUCUUAAUUGUAUUGUUACUAAAAUUUUAUUUUUAUUGCAUAUUAAAUUAUUUUAAUAUAUUUUUAAAAAAUCAA